UCUUGAGAAGCGCCUGUGUGCGCUGAGCGGUGUAGUUCUGUUCCAGGGGAGACGGUUUCCGACUGUGUCACGUGGUUUCUAUUGACACGAGCCUCCAGCUACUGUCCGGGGUCAGUCAGGGACAUGCACAGCCACAGCCGAGGGCGGCGGAGAGACUCCGAGGAGCCCGAGCCCUGUGAGUGCAGUAACGCGGAGCCCGGGAAUGGGGAGGCAGAGGAGAAAGAGGAGUUCGGCUCGUACACUGCAAGGAGGCAGCGGAAGAGCCCGGAGGAGGAGGAGAGGCUGGAGAUGGAGCACUUCUGGAAGAUCAUCAACACCUUCACUUGUUACGGGUCUCAUAUCCAUGAACGUGUGAGCCGCGCAGAGAGACAGUUUAUGUCUUUACCCAAAAGCCAACAAAAUAUGCUGCCAAAUUUCCAUUCCAACCUGGACCGAAUCCGCAAAUGUGCUGACCACAAUCAGGAGAUCCUGCAGCUCAUCGUCAAUGACUGCACGUGUAUGUUUGAGAACAAGGAGUAUGGCAACAAUGGUCACACAAAAAACACCCCAGCAUCGACAUUUGACAUGGACAAGUUGAAGUCCACAAUAAAGCAGUUUGUACGUGACUGGAGUGAAGAAGGCAAAUUAGAGCGAGAAGUUUGUUAUCAGCCCAUCAUCAAUGAGAUUCUGAAGUACUUCCCGAAAGAUAAAUGCACUGAUCCAUCAGAAAUUAAUGUACUAGUACCCGGGGCUGGACUUGGAAGACUGGCUUGGGAAAUUGCAAUGCAUGGCUAUUCUUGUCAAGGAAACGAAUGGAGCUUUUUCAUGCUUUUCUCCUCUAAUUUUGUACUUAAUAGAUGUUCCCAGAUUAAUGCUUUUAAACUUUAUCCUUGGAUCCACCAGUUUAGCAACAACAUGAAAUCAGUAGAUCAAGUAAGACCUGUAUACUUUCCCGAUGUCAAUCCUCACGAUCUUCCAUACAAUCCCAAUUUUUCCAUGACCGCAGGAGACUUCCAGGAAAUCUAUACAGAGAACAAUUCUUGGGACUGUGUGGCCACAUGCUUCUUUAUAGACACGGCACAUAAUAUUCUUGACUACAUUGAGACUAUUAGAAAAAUCCUUAAACCUGGAGGCAUUUGGAUUAAUUUGGGACCACUUUUGUAUCAUUUUGAAAACUUGGCAAAUGAACUUUCUAUAGAAGUGAGUUAUGAGGAUCUGAAAAAUGUUAUCAUACAGCAUGGAUUUCUUAUUGAGGUGGAGAGAGAAUCUGUGAGGACAACAUACACUGUAAAUCAUUUUUCAAUGAUGAAAUACUUCUAUGACUGUAUAUUUUUUGUGGCUCGCAAACCUGAAUAAUACCUCAAUCCACAAAGUAUUUGGGCUACAGUUUCAGAUGACUUGAAACUGACUUAACUCUUGGUCAUUAACAAUUUUGACACAAAGGUGCCUUUUACCAACUAGAUGAACAGAUCUUUUUUUUCUUCCAGAGACAUGGUCACACCACCACCAGUCUAUAAAUGCAGAUACCCCAUUGUAUAUAUCAGAUUACAUUUUUUAAAUUUGUUGAUAUUGUCACUAUGUGAACACACUUGACUCCUGACUGUUCACUGUUACAAUAUUGUGAUUAUCCAUUCUUUUUCACCUCCCCCCCCCCCCCCCCCCUCCAUAAGAUGAUGGCCUAUAGUAAUUUAGUGUUUGUCUACUAUGAGAAGGAAAAUGGAAUAUGUCAGUGCCUAUCAUGAUUAAUUUAUUUCUAUUUGUGUUUUGUAAUUGUAUACUUUUAAAUGUUUUUUUUUUCUUCAAGAAAUAAUUAACUGAAGGCCCCGGGCUUGCAUCACCUCUGAAAGAUUCAUGCUUAGCUGUUGCAUGUUGGCUUUCAUUCCUCCAUCUUCUGCUCCUUGCCUUGUUUUCUUCCGUCUGGGUAUGGACAUGGUCUUGUGUGCCGCUGCAGCCAGUGACUGGCUUCAGUGGAGUAGUAUCUAUACCUGGCUGCAGGAAAACAAGUCUGGAACUGGAAGAUGGAGGAACAGAAACCAGCUUGCAGGACUUGAGCUGAUCAGUUUUAUCCUAAUGCAUUCUGAAUGGAGAGCAUUCCGUUCAGG